AUGGUGAACUCCAUGGUAUAUCACGGCCUGUCUUUGAAUAGCUCAAAUCUCGGCACCAACGACUACGUCGCUUUUGCCAUUACGGGUGGUAUCGAGAUCCCGGCCUACAUCAUGGAUAUUUUCAUCGUCGAGUUCUUUGGCCGGAGGUUAAGUCUUUUCUUCUGUUUGAUGCUAGGUGGGUACUGUCUGAAUAUCAUUGUAGCCACCGGCGUUGCCCUGACAACUGUUUCUAUGAUAGGAAAGUUCGGGAUCGCAGGCUCGUUUGCAAUCAUAUAUCUCUACACCGUGGAGCUUUAUCCAACAAAUAUAAGGGGCGUUGCCAUAGGCAGCUGCUCUAUGUUUUCCCGGGUAGCGACAAUAUCAGCACCUCUUGUCCUCAUCCUCGCAAAAUAUUGGGAUCCACUUCCUCUUGUCAUCUACGGUUCGCUAUCCGUCAUCGCUUCACUGUCUGCUCUUGCAUUGCCCGAGACUCGAGGCAAGAAACUCCCAGAGACACUGGAAGAAGGAGAACAGUUUGGUUUGAAUGAUGGAGAGAAGGGCGAAACCACAGCUGAGACCGUUCACGACAACCCAGCAUUCAGCAUGAAAGACGAGAAAUGA